AUGGCUGUCGACCGCUCCGAGUUCUUGAGCAGCAUUUACAAAGAGGGGAUAUUCAACAACAGGGUCGUCUUCGUGACUGGAGGCGCAGGUACCAUCUGCAAGGUACAGACGAAGGCGCUCGUCUAUCUGGGCGCAAACGCUUGUAUUCUUGGGCGUAAUGUUGAGAAAACAGAGGCCGGCGCCAAAGAGAUAGCAGCUGUCCGCAAUGGCGCCAAGGUCAUCGGUAUUGGUGGUGUUGACGUGAGGAAUUUCGACAGCCUCAAGGCCGCAGCCGACCGUUGUGUCAAGGAGCUUGGUGCUAUUGACUUUGUCAUCGCGGGCGCAGCAGGCAACUUUGUGGCUCCCAUAUCAGGCCUGUCCCCCAACGGCUUCAGGUCCGUCAUCGAGAUCGACACCAUCGGCACGUUCAACACCGUCAAGGCCACGGCGCCCUACCUGGUCGAAUCAGCCGAGCGGAACCCAAACCCACCACCCGCCGGCCAGGUCGGGACGGGAGGACGGAUCCUAGCCGUGUCUGCUACCUUCCACUACACCGGCCUCCCUCUCCAGUCCCACGUCAGCGCCGCAAAGGCCGGCGUAGACAGUAUCAUGGCGAGCGUCUCCCUCGAGUACGGGCCCAUGGGCGUAUGCGCCAACGUCAUCUCGCCUGGCGGCAUCGACGGCACUGAGGGCCUGGAGCGGCUCGCCAGCAGCACGGCCGCCCACACUGCGGCAGCCACCGCUGCCAUCCCGAGUGGGAGGUGGGGCACCGUCCGCGAUAUUGCGGAUGCGACGGUGUGGCUGUUCAGUGAUGCUGCUAAUUAUGUCAACGGUCACGUUCUUGUCGUCGACGGCGCAGCGUGGAGGAGCCCCGGCGCAAUGGCUGUGGGCCUUGACGAAGGUAUGCAGUAUCCCGGCUUCCUGAAGACCGGGCACUCUAAGAACAUCAAGACCGGGAAGAAGCCAGACAGUAAAUUGUGA